AGAUGCAAUUUGACUUGAGCAGACCGCUGUGCAGCUUCAGGUGAAGAUGGAUACAUCUUUAGGAUCAAGUGAAUCAGGUCGUUCUGGGAGAAUGAGCCACUUUGAAUACCAGGAGGCUCCAACUGAAGGCUUGCAAGAUGGUGCUACGACAAUCAUGCUUAGGGGCUUGGUGCGGAGCAUCAACCUGGAAGGCUUUUUGAAGCUGCUGCGAAAUAUAUCCAGCAACUAUGACCUGGUAUAUGUGCCUGUGGGCAACAAGCGAGCAACCAACCUGGGACUGGCCUUCAUCAACUACGAAGAUCACUUUGCAGCAAGGAGGGCCUUCCAACAGCUUUACGAGGCGAGAAGCCCGCACACCUUUCGCAUGGUGAAAAGAGCAUAUGUGCAAGGGCUGGGCCCAAACCUUGCUUUUGUCCUCUCCGAAGCUCCAGUCAUGAAGCAUGGUAUGGCAGUAUUCCGAGAUGGACAGCGGCUCAAGGACAUCUCUAGCCUGGUUCAGAGACAUGUCACGGAUGACAUGUUGGCAGAAGCCCGGCAGUUGAUGACCCGCAUCCACACAGAGCAGAGGGAAAGCAGGCAAGAGCGGAACAGCGAAACUGAGAACAGUUCCGACAGCACUGCUUUUUCAGAGGUCUCUGAUCACCGAUCCAAUUCCUCCAGAGGUUCUGCCCACGGGUCAGGACGUGGUUCUGCGCGCGAGUCUGUUCAUGGUUCGGCGCACUCUGGUUCUUCAGGGCAUAUGCCGAUGCCAAAGCAGCAUGUGAACCCAGCUGCGUGGCUGGCCCCACAGCCUCGGCGAGACGGUGGAAAUAUUCCUGGAAGCUGGUACUUGCAAGACUACCCAGGGAACAGCAGCCGCCCUUAUCGAGAUCACAGCCACCUGCAUCAGAUGCCUGUGGCACCUCCCAUCCCUCCGGUGAUGGCGGAGCCAGAGACUUUCCUGAGUUGGGAGGCCUCGUCGCCUUCACAGCAGUCUGGCACAACGU